CAAAGACGGUACUGACAGUGAACAUCAAUGCCUGUAAUGUAGAGAAAUCCCAAAUUCAAUUUACAUAUGAUAAGUACUAGCCUACAAGUAUAAUUUUCCCGCUUUGUGAUGGCAGACCAAAGCCCCGACUCUCCUCAUUUCAACGAUCUCCUCGAAGACGAAUUCAGAAGGCCAAUACUCCUCGUUCAAGAAGACGGGACGGAAACCGAAGAAGACGAAACUGAAGAAGAAACCGAUGAAGAAGAAGAGGAAGAGGAGGAAGAAGUGUUAAUUAUGGCCGUGGAAUCGCCAACUACGGUUUCAGGCUCAAAUCAAGCGGUAACUGAAGAUCGAACGAAGCGGAGAAGAGAAGAUAGAGGUGGAAUCGAGAGUGGAGAUUGUUCUCAAGGGAAUGAGUGGAAUCGAACGGAGGUUGAUGGCUUGUUUUGCCCGAUUUGUAUGGACGCGUGGACCAAUAGCGGUGACCAUCACAUUAGUUGUCUUCCUUGUGGGCAUGUAUAUGGCUUCUCUUGCAUCAAGAGAUGGUUACAACAAGGUCAAAGCUCGGGGAAGUGUCCUCAAUGCAAUAGGAAAAGCUCUUUGAAGGAUGUUAGGAAACUGUUUGCAUCACGGAUUAUUGCUAUUGAUGAAGAAUCACAAAAGAAAAUUCGAUCUCUUGAGUCUAAGUGUGUGUCUCUUGAGAACAAGAAUGCUGACUGGUGUAAGAAAGAAGCUGAGUGGCAAAAGAGAGAAGUUGAGUUGCAUUUGGAAGUUUAUCAGCUUAAACAAAGGACAAUCUUUUUGGAGCGUUUGUUGAGAGCAACACAGAGCAGGUCAUCUGAAUUUGCUGCUUCUAGUGAAAGCCAUCAAGGACAGUAUGUGUCUGGUUCCAACUUCAGCUCAGAGUUAUGCAGAGAAGGAUCGUCUUGUAUAUUCAUCUUACAGAAAGCAUUAAAGGUGGAUGGUGCACGUUUAUUUGAUGUGGAGCCUUCUAGUCAGAUUAUAUUAAUGGCCAGAAGGCUGCCUGGGAUUGGUGCAAGUGGAACACAUCUACUUACCAAAGUUAGCUUGAUACAUCCACAUGAAAGUGAAGAUAUUUUGAUUCCUUCAAGUAUAAAGGCUGUCAAGGACCUGCACUUUUCUCCUUUUAACCAUAAUCUUGCACUUUUUUCUUCGUUAGGCAAGAAAUUAUCUAUUCUCAGCAUGGACAGCAACAAUGUCAUUCUAAAUUAUGAUCUUCCGGUUGCUGCUUGGUCAUGUUCAUGGGAGGUCAACAGUGCGCAUUAUUUGUAUGCUGGACUACAGAAUGGAUCACUUUUGGUGUUUGAUAUCCGUCAAACUGUGGGGCCCUUGGAAUCCUUGAAUGGACCAUCAUGCAACCCAAUUCAUACCAUGCACUCACUUUCACAUCCAUCUGGUGUUAGAACCCUGCUGUCUGCUUCUUCUGUCGGUGUUUGUCAGUGGAACUUUGAUAGUGCUGGAAGAAGGUCAUAUUUGGUUCCUGAAACAAAGAACAAAGGAGUUUGCAUUUCUCUUGCUUAUUGUCCCAGCAGUGAUGAAAUUGUUGCUUCAUUUCGGCCCAGGGUUGAAAUGUCCAAUGAGAUAAUUGCUUCUCAGUCUGUAUCAACUCCCCCUGUUGUUGAGCAAGGGAUACCAGGCAUCCGAGUUCUUCUGAAGAAAGUGGGCUGCUAUGACUAUCAGAAGUUGGGUUUUUCAUCUACGACAGUAAAUGAUAUUCGAUUGCCGAAAUCUACAAUUAUAAACUUAGAGGAUGAGAAACAAUUGUUUGCAUCUGGGGAAGAAGUAACAUGUGAAUUGAUCUUGCAAAAGUUACCAUCUUUUUCAGGUGUCCAGUGCCUUCAAUCACAGAAUCAUCCUAUCCGUGAUGUGAAGUAUAUAAAUGCACAUGACCAAGGUUUACUUAGCUGUUUAAGUGAGGAUGCAUUGCAACUUUUCACUGCUAACGUCUCGUAGAAAGGUUUCUCAAAUUCAUAAAAGGUAAUAAACCUGCCUGUUUAUUGUGUAACAUUAGCCGGCAUUACUUAAACAUAUUGGAGAAAUAUUUGUAUGUAUUUAUUUUGGCGAAUAACAAAGGGCUUACCGAUUUGUAACAUCUCAGUAAGUAAAAAAAUGGUUAGAUAAGCAUAUGUUAAAUGAGACAUGAAGAUUUUAUCAUAUACUAAAUUAGCAUGCCUUGUUUUGUUCAAA